GGACACGCCUCGUCUUAAUGUGGUUAUAAAGGAGCCUCUCCAGAGAUCCGGAAAUAGUCUGCCAGAAGAAGUGAGAAGCUACCGGAGACGCGUCCGGCUAGGAUUUGUGGCGAAGAGAUGCAGGCGUUCUGUUGGGGAGCGAGAGGUCGGAUCGAAAGGUUUGACCUGGGAAUAGAGUGAUGAAGCGAAGUUCGGAUUGGAGCAUAUAUGAGCUUGAAGAAGAUGCUAGGAAUGAUUUUGACACGGAAGGUGAUCAUAUAGUGUCUAUCCAAGGAUGUGAAAUUUUAUGCAAGCACAAGAAAUCAGAACAUGAAACGUAUUUCAAGAAGAGCAAAUAUGGACCGGAAACCUAUCCGAUCAGCGCGGAGGCUGCAAUUUCUUAUAUAGUGAUGACUUCUGCUUUUGAUAAUGUAAUCCCUCUGGAAAAUGUUCACAGCUCUGUAGCAAAAAAUUUCAAUUUGCAUGACUGGCCUGAGAUGGAUAAUUUUGCUGAUGUUGAAAGAAUGUUCAGAGAGCAUGAUUCAUCAUUUGGGCAAAGACAUGUAAAGUGUAUUGACGAGGUAUCACAGGUGCCAUUCUCAUCUGAUAUGGUUGAUGGUUCAGUGCUUGGUUAUCUGAAUGAUAUCUUGGAAGAAAAUUAUUCGAACAGCAGCUAUUUUCCUGAAUUUGGUCCAUCGAAACAAAAUGGCAGUCAAUACUCGUCAAAAGAUGAUGUAAUACAAAGAUGUAAUGAUCAGAAGAUUCCAACUCCUUUUCAGUGGCUCGCAGAUGAUUUUUUUUUCUUUAGGACCCCUUCUAGUAGUUAUAUGCCCAAUUUCAAUUCUGAUGCCAAAAUGGAUUACAGCCUUCCUGCAGAUUUCAUGCCCAAAGAACAAUUGACACCAUCAAGUAACAAGUUCAAGAAUAAUGCUAAUUCUACAACUCCAUAUGAACAUCUUGCAGUUCAUGUCUUGGGGCAUCAGGAAUCAACACUCCCUUCAGCCUUGCUGCCAGAUAUCAGAAUGGAAAAGCUACCUGAAACGCAGUCAUAUUAUUCAGAGCAUACAGAGGACUCCCAUCAUGAUACACAGACUACUAAAGCUGUAGCUGAAAAGUAUGAUAAACUGGAAGAUAGUUUAGCUAGUAGAGUUUUAAAGGCACUCAAUAAUGUUCUGGUUUCUAGGUUCAAUUCCAAAGUAACUCAGGGGAGCUGUUUAGUUGCAGCUAUGUCUUCACAUGAUGUCUCUGAAGAAGCAUUGGGUUUUCGGCAGCUUUGGAAUGCUAUGAUUCAGUUGAAUGUUACAACUAAGUUGUGCAUUAGAGACGGGCUAUAUCGUUUAGCAGAGAGUGCAGCACAAAGCAAUAUCUGCAGUGGGCACAAUGAGAGUUUUGCUACAAGAGAGAUGGAUGCAGUAGCUAUAAACAAGUGCAAAAAGAUAAUUACUGAAAAUGAAAGAAAUUCAACGGAUCAAUCUGUAGCUCACUUGCUCUUUCAGGAGCCUUUGCCAUUCAUCAGCAGUGGUUGCUUUUAAAGCUGUUGCAGUUAUUGCAAGUUGCUUUUAAAGUUGUUACUUUUAAACUUGAUUCUCCAGUUAUUGUAAGUUACAUAAAUUUCUACCUUGCCAUCCUUAAGGUAGUAUACAUGCUUGUUUCAUACAUACGAGAAAAGGAACAAGAUAAAUAAAAGUUUUUGGCAAUUAUUGUUCUCUCUUUCAUGAACCCUAUUAUAUCUUGCCCUGUGGA